UCAGUGGAGUAUAAUAUACAGUCUUUCCAAAUUCUGGGCGUUAUGAGCAGGGAAAGAAUCGAUUCCUUUCAAUCUUCUCCACAAUACGCUAUCUUUUUCCUUUCCCCUGCAUCACCCCACACUCUCAAAGCAACAACAUAUAAUCAAUUCUAUACCAGCAUCAGAAUCUGAGGUAGUUUCCUCGCAAUUGCAGCCUGCCUAACUUCACGCAAUUUAUAACCUCUCUCACCGAAGAAGAAGAUGCCAUGGGGAAUCUGUUGUUCCGGUCUCGUAAGCGCACUGUCAGCCGCAGCGUCAGCUCCUGUGGCCCCGCCGUUUUAAGGACGCGCUCGCGCUCGCGCUCGCGCUCGAUUUCUCGCAGGAGAUCGCGCUCAUCUUCGUUUGCCGACAAUCCGUUGCCGGACAGAAAUUCGAAGGAAACCAAGGGCGGCAUGAGCUCCGGCGAGAAGAAGAAAAAGUACAGUUUUAUUCCCGAUAAUUUCUCCUCCUUCGACCAGGUCACAUUGGCAUUAAGAGAAGCUGGACUGGAAUCAUCAAAUCUAAUUCUCGGGAUUGAUUUUACGAAAAGCAAUGAAUGGACAGGCAAAGUCUCAUUCAAUAACCGUAGCCUGCAUGCCAUCGGUGACACGCCAAAUCCAUAUGAAAAGGCUAUAUCAAUCAUUGGGAAAACUUUGGCCCCGUUUGAUGAAGACAAUUUAAUUCCUUGUUUCGGGUUUGGUGAUGCAACCACACAUGAUCAGGAAGUAUUUAGCUUUCACAGUGAUCACUCUUCUUGCCAUGGGUUUGAAGAAGUUAUGGCCUGCUACAGAAGAAUAGUUCCAAAGUUACGAUUAUCUGGGCCAACAUCUUAUGGACCCGUUGUGGAUGCUGCAGUAGAUAUAGUGGAGAAAAGUGGUGGACAAUACCAUGUUUUAGUGAUAAUUGCUGAUGGGCAGGUUACCAGAAGUGUCAAUACAUCAGAUAAUGAACUCAGCCCACAAGAAGAGAGAACCAUAAACUCCUUAGUGAAUGCAAGUCUCUAUCCUCUCUCAAUUGUUCUUAUUGGUGUUGGCGAUGGACCAUGGGAUGAUAUGAAGAAAUUUGAUGACAAAAUUCCUGAUCGUGAUUUUGAUAAUUUUCAGUUUGUUAAUUUUACUGAGAUAAUGUCAAAGUCCACAUCAUCUGCUGAAAAAGAGACAGCUUUCGCUCUUGCCGCAUUGAUGGAAAUUCCUGUCCAAUAUAAAGCAGCCCGUGAAUUCGGUUUAUUAGGACGAGUAACUGGAAAAGCUAAGAAAAUAGUUCCUAGGCCUCCACCGGUGCCAUACACACCACAAGCAUCACAUAGCCACAGUGGAUUAUCACGACAGUUCAGCAACAAUUCAGCUUCUGCGCAAGAUGACCAAACUCAGGUUUGCCCCGUUUGCUUAACCAAUGCAAAGAACAUGGCCUUCAGCUGCGGACACCUGACUUGCAGCGAAUGCAGCUCAAGAUUGUCAGAAUGUCCCAUUUGCCGGAAGCGCAUCACAAGUCGACUCAGGCUGUAUUCUUGAAAUAUCCAGUUUCUGCAGAAGCACAUAUAUGGCAUGGAAGAAUUUGUUUUCAGCUUUGCUUUCAUUUUGUAUGGUGUGUCAUCAAUGUUGUGCGUGAUUGCAGUAGCGUUAAUCAGCCGAUCUGCUCCUAACAGCUAAAUCGGAAGUCCAGUAGUGUAUAUAUGUUGUGAGGCGUGAAUGUAUAUAUGAAUCAUGGUAUGUUUUUUUAAUGUACAAGGUUGUAUCCUGCAAUGAUGUAAAUCUCAGGACUGCAAGUAAUUUAUCUUGAUAUUUUUUUAA